ACACGUGGUAGUCAACAAGAUCUUCAACUUGAUCCUGGAGCAUAUUCUGUUGAUCCUGAUCAAGAUUCAUUUGAUGCGAGUAAAUGGAAAUAUGAAUAUUAUUGUCGAAUUUAUGGUCCAUACAAUUUUCCAAAUUUUCAAGGUAUAUUAUUAACAAUUGAAAAUUCCAAGACUGAUCCUUAUAAUCCAUCAUGUUUAUCAAAUCAAUCAGGACUCAUAUUCGGAAAUUUAACUGCAUCACCUAAUUCAUCUCUAACAGUUGUCGGUGGUUCACUUCAAUCAAAUGAAAUGUAUCAAUUUAUGGUUUACAUGGAAAAUCGUAAAAAUUCAUCUAUUCAAGCUACAGGUUAUGUACUUGUUACAGUUGACGAUACUCAUCCACAAUUAAUUGUUAUUGGUUGUGUUAUAUCAAUAUUAUGUGUUCCAAAUCUUGAAUAUCAAUUUGUUAAUCCAACCACACAAGUUGCUCUAUUUGCUCUUUGUGUUGGAACUUGUACAAAUCUUCAAAAUAUAAAAUGGAAUAUUUAUCAAGGAUCUGAUAAUUCAUCUUCAAACUAUACAGAAUGGACUUUAUUUAAUAACACGAUUCUAUAUGAAAAUAUUUGGUUUUUUGGUAAAAAUACAAGUAAUUUUACAGCUGCAAAUCAAUUAUUUCUCAAUAAUCCUCAGAUAAAUCUUUGGCGAUUUGAAGUUGUUUAUACAUUUCUAUCUGUAACAAGUACAAGUGCAUUAAAUUUUAUUAUUAAUCAACCUCCUUAUAAUGGUUCAUGUUCAAUUAAUCCGAUGAAUGGUACAACAACUACUCUAUUCACUAUUACGUGUCCAAAUUGGUAUGAUGAAGAUGGAAUUAAAGAUUAUUCAUUAUAUGCAUGGACGACAGAUGCAUCGCAAAAAUUAAUGAUUGCAUAUUCAUCAGUAUCUUAUUUUCAAGUUCGAUUACCAAGUGGAGACAAUGAAACAUCAUUACUCAAUAUUGUUAUUUCUAUUCGUGAUAUUCUUGAUUGUGUUGUAGAAGUAAAUAUGUCUUCUGUACAUGUUAUCGUGGAUUAUAUAACAACCAAUGAUUUAUUAACAAGUCUACAAAGUUCAUCAAGUGUAUUAACAAAUAAUCUGAUUGUUCAAUUACUUUCAGGUGGAAACCAAAAUAUUGUUGGACAAAUUAUUACUGCAAUUUCUCAACAAUUCAAUCAAAUGAAUACUGAAAAUAUAGAUCAAGCUAUUUCAAGUGGAAUACCAGCUGCAACUAUUUUAGUAUCAUCAUUAGGAAGUUCAAGUUUACAAGGAAAUUCAACAUCUUUCAAUGACUCGGCUUUGACUGAAUAUAAUAAAAUAUUAAAUGCUCAAGCAAAUCUUCGAGAUUAUUUAAUGACAUUUACAACUAAUCUUCUUAUUACGACAUCAAAUAGUAUCAAAUUACAAUCAUCAACAUUAGCCCAAAUAACUCAAUCAACAAAUCAAUUAACAAGAGCUGCUCUAUCAAUUGCAUCAAAUAGAUGUUAUCAAUUAUCUCUUGCUUUAUCUUCAAUGGCAACACAAAUUCCAUAUGAAGAUGCUCAAGUAGCAGCAAAUCAACUAAUACAAUGUGCUUCAAAUGUCUUAACCGCUGUAAAUGGACCACUACAAGAACGAACAAGUACACUUGAUUUAGAUUUUUCUCGUGCAAAUAUGAUAUCUACUGAUUAUGAUACUGAUCUUGAAUCUCCAUGGUCAAAUACAAGU